AUGGAUGCCAUAAUCUUCAACAUUGCAGGCGAUGUUCCCGUGGUAACAAAGGCCUGGACCGCCGGGAUCGUUGUGAUGUCCGUGUUGACAAGUACAACUAUAGUGCAACCGAGCAGUACGCUGUAUAAUUUCGACCUUGCAUUCAAAAAGGGCCAAUAUCUGCGAGUUCUGUACUCGUUAUUUGACUAUGGGGAGCUGAAUCACUGGUUUUUGUUUGGAGUGAUGAUCAUGUUGUCACAAUUGGCGGAUGUGGAAAAAACGGUCCAAAAACGUAGCCAAUACCUAUGGAUGAUUUUUGUCCUGAGCGGGAUGAUAAUCGCAAUGAGCAAAUGGAUCCAACCACACGAAUCGUUAGCGCAUGUUGUACACAAAAAUCUGCUCUAUUACAAAAUGCGGAUAGACAUCCAGUCUGGCGCAGAAGACAGAUUUCGCGGAGUGAUGUCUCCGUUGAUGGUACGGCUCUUAUUGGACGUCAUGGCACUCUCAUCUGCAAACAGUCUUUGUGGCAUUAUGAUGACAUAUUUGCCAGCCCAAUUGUAUUUUUUUUUUGAGCAGAUCGUGAGCAAGGUGUAUGGCGUUGAGCUGUGCCAGCCUCCCAACCAGUGGCUCCAGCGAUCCGUUCAACGGUCUACAGUUGAAGGAGAAAACGAAAACGAAAACGGAAAUGAACAAUUACAGGAAUAA